CCUUGAGUUCUUGCUUGAGGGCGCAUAUGCUGAAGCAAGCUUCCAUCACUUCUUCUGGUUCACAUUAGAGAACAAGUGGCCGACUGGACCAAGUACAGCUGGCUUCCCUGUCUCUUUUCCUUGGGUCAUUGAGCAAAAUUUCUUCUCUGACGACCUGCCUCCAAUGGCUUCCAGUUUGGUGAACACAAGUAACUUCCCACUCAAUGACAGUUUCUGCUCCAUUCACCAUCCCUCCUUGGCCACAAGAGUGGUUCUGUCAGUAUUCUACAUGGUCCUUUUGGUCAUCGGUGCCUUUGGGAACAUUCUUGCCAUCUACAUCACCUCUCAAAAGAAGAAGAUGAACUCAACAGAUCUCUACUUGAUCAACUUGGCUGUUUCCGAUGUCCUUUUUACCCUGGCUCUGCCAGGAAGGAUCACCUACUAUGUCUUAGACUUCAAUUGGCCUUUCAGUGACUGGUUCUGCAGAGUGACAGCAUUUAUGUUCUACAUGAACACCUAUGGGAGUGUCUACCUCAUGACAUGUAUAAGCAUUGACCGCUAUAUUGCUGUGGUCCAUGCCAACCAGAGUCACAAAUUCCGCUGUGCUGGCUGGGCAAAGUACAUCUGUGUAGUGGUCUGGGGGUUGGCAUCCCUGCAGACAAUUCCGUUGCUCUUUCUGCCCUUGACCAAGAAGAUAGGAGUUAAGUUGAGCUGCAUGGAGUACACCAGUGUUGAAAGAAUUCUUAGCCUGCCCCUUCUACUCCUAGGGGGCUGUGCCCUAGGCUUUUUUGGGCCAGUGGGGAUCAUAUUAUUUUGUUAUGUGAAAAUCACCUUAAAGCUAUGCAGGAUAGCUCAAGAAAACUCAGUGAGGAGCAAGAAUGGUCACCAUAAGAAGGCCUGUCUAGUUAUUCUGCUGGUGCUGAUGGCAGUGAUCAUAUGCUUUAGUCCUUACCACUUCAAUAUUAUCCGGUUUGUGAUUAAAGGACUGCUUUAUCAGUCUACCUGCACUGAGCAAAAGGCUUUUAAGGUUUCUCUUCAAGUCACAGUAUGUUUUAUGAACAUGAACUGUUGUAUUGACCCCAUAAUUUACUUCUUUGCAUCCCAAGGCUAUAAGAAACAGUUCCUCAGGAUUUUUAAGCCCAGAAUUUCAGCAUCCUUUUCCUCUACUGGAAAAACUUCUUCAGAAACAAACAGUAACAACCAAGAAGGAGACUCUGUGCUGGCUUAGUGAAGACCAUGGCCCAGUACGGGGAUUAUUAACCCAUUUUGUUUCAUGGACACCUUUGGCAGUUCAGUGAAGCCUAUGGACCCCUUCUCAGAAUAAUGUUAAAAUAAAAGACAUAGCAUUACAAAGGAUACAAAUUUUUAUUGAAAUAUAGCUAUAAAAUGUUUUUAAAAAUACAAUCAAAUUUAUGGACCUCAAAUCAAGAACCUCUGGCCUAGCAUAGCCUUAGCUUUUAGGCAGCUAAGUGACACAAUUCAGUGUCAGACUUAGAGUCAGGAAGGUCUGACUUCGAAUCCUGCCUCAGAUACCUGCUAAUUGUAUGACUCUGGUCAAGCCUCCUCUUCCCUUUCAGCCUCUGUUUCUAUAUCUGUAAAAUAAGGACAUGUACUUCACAGGCUCAAGUGAGGUAACAUGAGUAAAUUACUUUGCAAACCUUAAAGGGCUGUGUAAAUAUUGGCUAUUAUUUUAAGAUGGCUGUCCUCAACAUAAAAUACCACCAGAUUUGUGCCCAUGUCUGUGCUUUUUUUUCCACAGAGAAUUACCCGAGGCCUGCAAAGACUUCCCUCCUAGCUUUUCCCCUUAGCAUCCCUGGUUUCUUUUGCGGCUUAGCUCAUGCCACUUCCUUCCAAGAGGAGACCCUGCCCCAUGCCAAACUGUUGUUGUUCAGCCAUUUCAGUUCUGUCCAACUCUUCAUGACUCCAUUUGGGGUU